GCUGCAAAAAAUAUUCGUCUCUUGUCUCUUAUAACGUGUUUCACGGAUCAUCGGGUUAACCAUUUAUCAGUCUGAAAACACUCAGCUAACAUCAACUGCUUAGUAAGUAGGCUCUCCCUUCUUCGCUCCGAGUGCCAUUAAGGAGUGCCGAUCGAUCGCGAUAAACAAAUGAAGACCUGUACGAUAUUUUGUUUCCUUUUACUAGGAGUUUGGACGACAAUUCCGACAAUGGUCAUGACAUGGUUGGCUGUCGAAGACAUUCUGUGCGGGGUCCUUUUGCCGUCAACCGUUAUUCUCAUUUCUUUCUCAUUUGCAGAUAUGUUAAGCAAAUGCCUCAGUCCUUCAAUCGUGAGGAGAAUAUCUUUUACUUCUUCGUUUGUUUUCCUCACUGCAUUAUUGAGUGGAUCGGUUGUUCUGAUAGUGGCUGUUGAUGAUGUUCGUGUCAGAAUCGCUGGAGUUGGGCUUCUUGGUCUUUCUAAUGGUUAUAAUAGAAUCACCUCCGUGAGGAUGCUUGCCUAUUACGAAAAAGCGGAACUUCUCGCUUCUGCCUAUCAAUAUGGUAUCAACUUUUCGACAUUUUUGACGUCAAUUGGAUACUUGGGAUUAACAACCUGGCUGCGUGUUAACCCACGUAUCGCUAUAGCUUUUUGCAUCCCGAUAUCUUUCUUCCCGCUUGUUGUUUACGCUUUGUUAGACAAAACUCCCUUGAAAGAUCACCACCUUAGUACAAGCCAAUACCAACCCUUAGAAGUAGAUUCGACUGUUGAACAUUCCUACAAGCCUACAGCAACUUCAACAUCAUUCUUAACACAAAAACUAGAAUUUCUGUUCAAAGUAUUUCCCUUCGCCUCGUACACCUUUUUUUCCAAUUUUUGCAUACAUUUGUCAAUGGUCGCUGUCCUGACAACCCUCACGUUCCCCUCUUCGCCAUUUCAGCCUCGUGACCACUUUUUGUACUACAGGCUCUCGAGUGAUACUGGAAUUUGGGCGGGCGGUGCAAGUCUUCUAGUUUCGUAUUUAUGCCCAGAAUGGAUCAAUGUCUUAAGAAUCCGUAAGAUAUGGCUUCUAGUUUUGCUGAAUGUUAGCCAUUUCCUUUUCUUCAUUUUCGCAUCAUGGUUUCGUUUCCUCCCUAGCGUCAUACCUGUGUUGGUGUUAUGUUUUACCCAGGGUGUUGUAUACGGGUUAUCUCUGAUUUAUUCUUUGAUGGAUGCAGCGAUGUUAUUUCCUUGUCCAAAGGAUAAUGGCACAGCAAUGGGUAUUGUGGAGUUUGGGCUUUCACUGGGUCGAUUUGCUGCAGGAAUUCUGGGAAUCGUCACGUAAAAACAUCUGAGAGAGCACUGCACUUAUAACUUAUUGCUGGGUCACUUCUGUUUGGCAAGACACAAAGUAUGCUGAAUGGAGCACAAACUACCAAAUUGCAGAAACACCACUGAGUUACUUACAUAUGUAACUAGACUCAAUACUGUAGAUGGCCUGCCUUGAAUUUAAAGACUUUUUAAAAAAGAAACUGAAAUAAACCAUCCUUGUUUUAAAAUAACACUUAUUAGUCAAAUCCAACUAGCGGUCUAUCAUCAAUGCUGCAUUCUGAUUGGAUGAGCUACUCGGCUAGCGUAUAAGUUAUAGCCUACGUAGCGAAAAGUGCUGCCUCUGGAAGCCAAAAGAUUGAAUUUAACUUUAAUUCAAGACUUAUUUGCAUCUAAAUAUUUGACUGACUAGUAAGAUUUGUCUAAAACAAUUAAUGCUCUCGCCCUCAUGGCCUAUGAGUCAUUUGCCCAUUCAGCCUUCGGCCUCAUAAGCCAGUCAUUAGGAGGACUAAUUGCUAAGUAACCAGUGGCUAACAAUCCUGUGGCCCUCACUCCUCACUUCAUUCAGGAACUACUCGUUAUUCGAAAUGUAAUUUUAUUUGCCCAGAGUUCAAUCGCGUAACCGAGGAUGGGAGGUCAUUUGCAGUAUCUGCCUUUCAACUUUGGAACACUCUUCCAGUUGAUAUUAUUAAGUCUAAACCUAGUGUUUAUAGUUUUAAGUCAGACCUUCAUGAUUACU